AUGCGUUUCCAAAUCCUCGCCGCUGUUCCUCUUCUCUCCUUGGCCGUUGCACAAUCAGCAUCGGACAGUACAAUUACAACCCCCGCCACCGUGCCCACUGCAGCCAGCACCGUCUCAUCAGACAUUGGUGCCUUUUCCCGCGCUGUUGAACAAGAUCAAUCUGCCCUCUCCAUCCUCUCCGCUCAACUAGCAACCGAGACCAAUGCUGGUCAAAAAACACAACUCAGCGCUCAAAUCUCCCAUCUCACUGUUCAACUCGCAGGUCUCAGCUCUCAAGCAGCAAUCGCCAGCUCCAUCUCUACCGCAGGCGCUGCUGACGCUUCCGCAAAUGCUGUCUCAUACAUUUCCAGCUUGAGUGCUAUAGCAGCCACCGAGACAAAUAGUGCAAUCAGGAGUCAAUUGAGUGUGCAGAUUAGUCAGAUUAGCAGUCAAGCAAGCUUAACCUCUGCAAGUGCCAGUCAGAGUGCUCAAUCAACCGGAAGUGUUGUUGUUACUACUACAGACAGUAAUGGAAACACCGUUACUUCAACUGCUAGUGCUACCGCCAGGGCCUCUUCGAGUGGAACCUCAAGCGGAAGCUCGAGUAGCAGCAGUGCAGGUGCCAUGGCUACCAGGGUUCCAGCUAUCGGAGCUGCGAUUAUGGGAGCUGCUGCUUUUUUGUUGUAG